AUGACUGCACACUGGAUUGGGCCCAUGCCGGUCGAACUCUUUCUUCACGAACUUAUGGGCACAUCUGGUAAUCAAUUCACGCUUAUCUCUCCCGGAAAUUUUCACCAUAUCUUCGAAUCAAUUGAACUACCAGCGAAAUAUGUCAAUGAAAAAGAGUACGCGAUCGCCGUCCAGAGCAUGAUUCAAGACGUGGCGUCAGAGCUCAUUCCCGGAUUAAAAUUUGUUCAGGACGACGAAUUCAAAGACGCUAACUCGGCUGCCAAUACUGUUCCUGACACAUUCGUGUAUGCCUCCGACGUCAACACUACGACAAGUACCACUCGAUGGAACAAAGCGGAGCUCUGGUUGGAGUUCAAGAGAGCUUUCUCCUUCCACAGUUUUAAGGAUGGCAACCCUCAUGAUUGGGUGUCGCAGAGGCUCUCAGCAAAAAAUUACCGUGAUGGUGUUCCGUUCUUCAAAUGGGAGAGGACUUACACGAUCGUAUCGCGUGCUUUUAAUCUUUCGACAGAAGGCAAAUACCUCGUCGAGUUUCUGUAUCGGUUUUCCGCUCUCACGGAUCGUGACCGAGGGAAAGACGACGCAGUGACACCUGCCACAGACGAAGAAAUAUCUUUGGUCGGGCCGCUCUCGAAGCCCUGGAUAUCUGGAAAGUACCCACAUGCAUUUGUGAAGAUUCGCGUGCCUAAUGGUGACGGCGAAACGGAGGUCCUUGCUGGUCCGAUGAUUGCUACACCACAAAGCGUCCUGGGUCGAGCGACGUUCGUUCUUUCUGUGUACAAUGGGAACACUGACAGCCUGAGAUUUCUUAAGAAGAACUGGCAGGAUGCUGAUCUGCCUCAGGAAUCCGUGAUCCUUAAGGCUCUCAACGUAGCUGGUGUCUGCAGCGUUCCUACUUUUAUCUGUGGUAGUAUCGUUUCCGGCCAGAAGAUCGCUUCCCGCAAAUAUAUCGACAAAGACUGGAACCUUGGAACACAUCCGCCGCUCACUUGUAUCCGUGAGCACCGGCAAGUACGGUUGAUAGAAGUUGGACAACCUUUGAACAAGUUCAAGUCCUCGGAGCAGCUUACGAGAGUUGUCUACGAGGCGUUUUUGGCUCACGAAGCCGCCUUCACAACAUGCAACAUUCUUCAUCGCGACAUUAGCUGCGGGAACAUCUUGAUCGCAUAUGAUGACAAGGCGCCGAAAGAUAAUUAUGAUGGUGGAGGUCGUGGCUUGUUGAACGAUUGGGAUAUAGCUAUGCAUACGGACAACUUGGAGAAAGUGACGCGGGGCUGCGAGCGCAUGGGCACAUGGCAAUUUAUGUCCAUCGGGCUUCUCAGAGAUAGAACAAAGGAGCAUGAACCUCGAGACGAUUUCGAAUCCUUCGUAUACGUUAUGCUAUAUCACGGCCUCUGCUACUUGCGCCAUAGCAAAGUCGGCCCUGGUCUUCAGAACAUGAUUGCCCGUAUCUUCGCCGACAACGUAGACAACGGUAAUGGGACAUGGAGCGGUGGUGACACGAAGACUACCUUGACGCAGCGGGAUAGAGGACGUCUAGGGUCCAAUUUUCGGUUUGACUGUCGCCCUCUCAACUCGUGGAUCAGGAAAGCGCUUAUGGCCAUUGGCGAGUGGCGGAACUUUUCACCUUCGGAACCACAGUCCGAUUCAGACAAACCGGGCAGCGACGUCCUGCCGGCCAUCGAUCCCCAAACCUCGCUGUUCCACGACCACACAGGACAGAACUCGCUCUGGAAGUCGGUGCUUCGGAUGGAUGGAUGGCCCUCCAAUGAUCAGGCCAAGUAUCAGCUCGAACCCACUGGUACGAAGCAGACCCGCGAGGACGACACUCAGCCUACGCAGAAGAGGCAGAAGUCUACCCAUUCCGUGAACCCAGUAUAAGACUAGGGUUCCUAUUGUCGCUAGAGUAGAUAAUUCCAGACAUACGUGUAUGAUAUUGCUUUAGCCACCACACUCUUCAUAUGUCAGGCGAUGUAUCUUAGAGUAGACGAACAUUGCACCGGUACAUAUAACUCGAUGGAUACCUGG